AUGGCUCCUGGGCCAGGGCUGGAUGCCUAUGUUUGGAAGCGCAAGCUCGGAUGGCGAAGGGACUGCCGGCCACUCUGCACUGGGCGGAGCCCUGCGGCCUAUCGGCAAAGAGAGCAUCUGGUACCAGGAGGGGACUUCCAGCACACGCACACGGGGCGACGUGGUCACAGACACGGACAGAGAGCGCCUGCUGGCUGCAGGUUUGACAGAGGACUCCCGACGUUUCGCUUUCUGGGGGUGAGUGAUUUGAACAUAUUUUACCACCUUAGCAUUGCAGACGGGACUUCGGCCACGAUCUUAAUCAAAGACUUUGUGGCGCCUGUCGCGGCCCUGGAAAGCUUCGUUGAUGGCUGGUCCUUCGAACUUGACGACCCACUGACGCUCUCCCGAUUCCUUUUAGGCAAGCCAGACAACCUCAUCGAAGCUAAAGAACGCGUGACCCAAGCACGCGCAUGGAGAGCGCAGGCGGACCUUGACAGGAUUAUGCGAGAGUGGGGAGUUCUUUCCGAGGACUUUCCGGACAUUCCGACCAUUCCGACCAUUCCCACGUGGACUUGGGAGCCGCAGACGGACAGGGCAAAGGCUUUGGCUCCGCACUUCUUCGGGCGAUGUCUCAAGACCGCACGCACGGCGCAGGGCGGCCCGGUGAUCUUCCUUCGCCUGGGGGCAUUUGACUUGGAAGGUGCUGUGAGGGAGUCUCUGGUCGAUGAUGUCUUGGAUCCUUGGAUCUUUAUGGUUGAGCAGGCCUUUCAGUCCUGCCGGGCUGUCUCCUUGUCCAAGCGCUCCCUCAUCAAAAUGUGUGCCAUUGUGGAUGUAGAUGGAGUGAGUUUCUCCUGGCUUCAGCACAUGGCCGUUCUUCAAAAGUUUUCUGCUGCAAUUAACCGCAACUACCCUGAAAUGGCGGCGACGCUUACCAUCGUUCGGGCUCCUGCCGUGUUCUCCUGGCUCUGGCAGCUGUCGGCACCCCUCCUCCUGGAAGAGAUGACGAGGCGCAAGCUCGCCAUCCUUGGCCACGACUUCGAGCGUGGCCUCAUCGAUCACGCGCACGUGAACCUUCGCGAGCUUCCCGAGUGCCUGGGAGGCGAUGCGCCCGAGUCCGAGGCCCCAGCAGCCGAGCGCUUCGGGCCUGGUGUAGGGGCAGCGUUGCCCCCGCGCCGACCCCAUGCGGCCAGCGCGGCCCGCGCGGCCUGUGUGCCUAGCAGGCCCAAAUUGGCGGUGUGGGCGACUCAGACGUGA